AUGGCCGACAGCUUGAAGAUGGGAAACCUUUCCCUCAACGAGUCUCAGCACGCUCCUGCCCCUGCCCCCUCCACGGGUCGCGCCGCUUACAUCCCUCCCCAUCUUCGCGGACGCCAGAUGGGUGGAAACAUGGACGGUGCUGCCGCCGCUGCCCCUCCCCCCGGUCCCGCCGCUGGCCCUGGCAACUCCUGGGGUGGUCCUAGAGGCGGCCCUCGUGGUGGCCAGUGGGCCAACGCCAACGCUCCUGAUUUCAGCCCUCGCGGUCCCAAUGGUAACACUAGCUGGAGCCCUCACGAAGCUCGCCGGCCCUUUAAUCCAAAUGCUUACGGACACCCAGGUCACGGAGGUUCUUAUGGAAGUGGAGGUGGUUCUGCCCGAGGCUCUGGAGAUGGCCAGUGGCGUGACGGCAAGCACAUUCCCGGUCCUGCCAAUCCCCGUCUCGAACGCGAACUGUUCGGUCUUCCCAACGAUCCCACCAAGCAAAACACUGGCAUCAACUUUGCCAACUACGACGACAUCCCCGUGGAGGCCUCUGGUCACGAUGUCCCGGAGCCGGUCAACGCCUUCACCAACCCGCCCCUGGAUGACCACCUGAUCGAGAACAUCAAGCUCGCCCACUACCAGACUCCCACUCCCGUCCAGAAGUAUUCCAUCCCCAUCGUCAUGAACGGCCGCGACUUGAUGGCCUGCGCCCAGACUGGUUCCGGAAAGACUGGUGGUUUCCUCUUCCCUAUUUUGUCUCAGGCUUAUCAGAACGGUCCUUCCGCUGCUCCUGCCCAGGCCGGCGGCCAAUUUGGCUACGGACGUCAACGCAAGGCGUACCCGACCUCCCUCAUUCUCGCCCCCACCCGUGAGCUUGUUUCCCAGAUUUUCGAUGAGGCCCGCAAGUUCGCCUACCGCUCUUGGGUCCGCCCUUGUGUUGUGUACGGUGGUGCCGAUAUCGGCUCCCAGCUCCGCCAGAUCGAGCGCGGAUGUGAUCUUCUGGUUGCUACUCCUGGUCGUCUUGUCGAUCUUAUCGAGCGUGGCCGCAUCUCUCUGGUCAACAUCAAGUACCUGAUUCUCGAUGAGGCCGAUCGUAUGUUGGACAUGGGUUUCGAGCCCCAGAUUCGCCGCAUUGUGGAAGGCGAGGAUAUGCCCCACGUGAACGACCGCCAGACGCUGAUGUUUUCGGCCACCUUCCCCCGUGACAUCCAGAUGCUGGCUCGCGACUUCUUGAAGGACUACGUCUUCCUGUCCGUCGGCCGUGUCGGUUCUACCUCUGAGAACAUCACCCAGAAGGUUGAAUACGUUGAGGACCACGACAAGCGCUCCGUCCUCUUGGAUAUCCUCCACACGCACGGCACUAGCGGUCUGACCCUCAUCUUCGUCGAAACCAAGCGUAUGGCCGACUCCCUGUCCGACUUCCUUCUCAACCAGCGUUUCCCCGCCACCGCUAUUCACGGUGAUCGUACCCAGCGUGAGCGUGAGCGUGCUUUGGAAAUGUUCCGCUCUGGCCGUUGCCCUAUCCUUGUUGCCACUGCUGUUGCUGCUCGUGGUCUCGAUAUCCCCAAUGUUACCCACGUCAUCAACUACGACUUGCCUACCGACAUCGAUGACUAUGUUCACCGUAUCGGUCGUACUGGUCGUGCCGGUAACACUGGUAUCGCCACUGCUUUCUUCAACCGUGGUAACCGGGGUGUUGUCCGCGACCUGAUUGAUCUCCUGAAGGAGGCUCAUCAGGAGGUCCCCUCCUUCCUCGAGAGCAUUGCUCGUGAGGGCAGCGGCUAUGGUGGUCGUGGCGGCCGUGGUGGCCGUGGUCGUGGCGCCAACGCUACCCGUGACAUGCGUCGCAUGGGCGGUGGUAUGGGCGGUCCUCCCUCCUUUGGUGGCAGCAGCUACGGUGCACCUGGCGGCAGCUAUGGUGGCGGCGGCGGCGGCAGCAGCAGCUAUGGCGCUCCUCCCUCCUAUGGAGGCGGUGGUGGCUAUGGCGGCGGCGGCAGCUACGGUGGUGGUUACGGCAACCCGUCCGGCCCUACUGGACCUUCUUCCUGGUGGUAA